AUCCCGUUUUCUGUGAGUGCGAGUCAGCUGAUUAGUGAGAGUGAUCCUCUUGUCUCCUACUCUUCCAAAGCACCUCAUUUCGCACGGUUCUACGUUUCGUUUUAGGUUUUAUUUAUCCCAGAGACUUUUCAUAGUUCUCGGCUUGGUGACAGGCGAGGAAAAGGACCAUGCUGAAGCCACGGACCCUUACCCAGAUCUUGAGUCAGGCCAACACAGGCGGUGUGCAAAGUGCAUUAUUACUGAACUUGGAAGGAGCAUUGUUGGCUUUCAGUGGUUAUGGUGAUCGUGAUGCACGUGUCACAGCUGCAAUUGCAAGUAAUAUUUGGGCUGUUUAUGAUAAAAAUGGCCGUAAUGCCUUCUCAGAAGACAGACUGAAUAUGGUCCUGAUGGAAUGCGAGGAAGGAAAAGUUUGUGUUACACAAGUAGCAAAUCUCCUGCUAUGCAUAUACGCUAAAGAAAAUGUUGGGUUUGGUCUACUACGAGCCAAAACACAAGCUCUUGCAAAGUACCUGGAUGGUCCAUUACGCCAAGUCGCUGCAGCCUGACGUCCUCUUUGAUACUAGGUUUAAGUUUCUAAUAGAUUUUGUAUUCUUUGCCAUGAUAAUUCUUUGUAUAGGGAAUUGUAUAAGACACAGUAUUAGUUGAUUAAACAAAUUUUACUGAGCUUUAUGAAUCUUAAAAGAGGAUACAGUACAAUCAGUUUUGGAACCAGAAAGUCUGAACAGAAAUAUGUGAGUGCUGUGUUUGCAUAGUUAUUUUGUAUUAUUCAGGAUUGAGUCAGUAAUAUUAUGUGUGGCUUUAUUUGAAAGACAUUACAGAUUUUAUUUAUGUUUCUCCAUCAUCAAAUAAAGUCUCAUAAUUGUA